CUAUUUGCAAGAUGGCAUUUCGCUCAACCAGGUCACGGCCUCGCCUGGAGGUAGCCUCCAAGCAAAUAAGUAUUACUGAACGAGAGUCAGUUGUCGCCCCUUUCAACAAACAAGAGCAUCUCGACAUUUCACCUACGAACCUAAAGUUAUUGAAUACCCUAUCACAGUACAUAUGUCUUUGGUCAUUGUCUCUAGCGUAUUGCAGGGACGUGUCUCCAGCACUUGUUUCGGCCAUUUCAAAGUACGCAGGAUUAGGGUUCCUAGACAUUUCAUUUACAAACCUCGAUUUCAAAACCCUGCAAACAAUUCUUCGACCUGUUCGUGUCUUACAAUUACGAUGUAUUGGAUGUUCAAAAUUGAUGACUGCGGAAGGUACACCCGAACGACGCGGUUUUGCUGUUAUGGCUCUCCCCGAAGUUUGGAUGCUCGAUGGCGUAUUUAUUACAUGGCAUGAACGUAAAACAUGGGCAGAUUUAACGAAAAUGGCUCAAAGCAUGCGAGUUCGAUUAGCGGAUUUGGCGAGUAGAGAAUUGAUACCUUUUGAUCCGGCCUUUGUUCCAUCUAGAUAUGCUGACGACGCACCCGACUCUGAAGUACCCGCUAAGUUAUGGUCUCCUCGUGCCAAAAUGCUCUUAAAGCGCAUGCCUGUGGAUUUUUGCAUGGGAGUGGAGGAAGACUUGUGGAAAUUAAAAGUCCUGGCCAUCGACUUGGAAAAUGAAAUCAAGCACUGGCUCGCUAAAAAAAUCAAGAAUCCAACCAUUGUUGAGGGUACUAUUUCUGUAUUUGCCGCAAGCAGUCCUCCAUGGGAAGAUACCCAUGUAGAUGAUCAAAAUGGUGCAUACAGCCUCGCAUCACGCACGAUCCUUGCGUUGCUUCUAUUUGGAUCCAUGUGGCCAGAGUUUCCACAUCGACUGCUACAACGUGUUUUGGAAGCUGUUUUUGUUAUCCGGUGGGACGCCAAUGCCCGACUUGUUGGCGGAGUGGAUCACUGGGCACGGGAACCCGCUUCGCCAUUGUCUUGGCCAAUGAAAUAUAGAUUGACGUACCUGGCCAUUCUGGUGGGGCGGUUGACUCUGGAAUCUAUUUCCGAAACUAGCAUAAAGGACGACCCACCGCUCAUCUCCCAAGCAAAACUCAAAACCUUGCGCGAAGUGCUCAUCCAUUUCGUUCGCGCUUCCUACUCACCAUCACACACACCCAUGUCAAAACCCGACACAAGCAUCUCCGUAUUAGCCCAGCGCGUACGGUCUUUCUUGACCCCAGAACAACAAUAUCACCUUGCUGGAUUACAUUUGGAUGUCAUUCAAAUGGCUUGUUUGGAUGAUGCCAGCCCACGAGACUUUCUCAACCACAUGGAUGCACUCCAAAAAGCGUAUUCACACUCUUUGAAUACGUUGCUCUCAAAGGAUGUGCCACUGUAUCAAGAGGUAUGCAUAUCAGACAAGGACAUGGACAUCAUGCGAACCAGGCUUGCGGUGGAUGACCAAGAGACAACAUCACACCUUGAAGAAAAUAGUACAGACAUGUCCUUGGAGGCAUGCGCUUUGGAAUUAAAGUUUCGACUAUGUCAUGGGAUUGAGCAAGUUGUUGGGUUUUUGGAUCAGCGUGGAAAUGCAAAUGCUCCUAUUGUCAAUGAAUCAUCCGAAUGCCUUGAUGUUCGAUCAGGGAUUGCACCUCUCUUGACGGAUUCUUUUCUUGCAUUGACUCCAAAUGUGCGAGCAUGGUCUGCCCGAACUCGUUAGGAAUGAUACGCUGUAUUUAUUAUUUUGUAUAUAUGAAAUGAAUCUGUAAUACUACGCUACACUAGCAUUCAAACUUGGUGUUUUCC